UGUACGCCUGUACUCCACCUCAGUCAGCCGUCUCCCGUCCCAAACGGCCAAAACUCCCCUUUCCGCCGAGGCGCCCUUCCGCCUUGAAGGCCCCUUUUGCUGCAGUCGUAUGGAAGAAGGUAGCGACUAUUAUGUUGUCAAGAAAGGGGACAUGGUUGGUGUCUACAAAACUUUAAAUGAUUGCCAAGCACAGAUUUGCUCUUCGGUAUCUGGUCCUGCUGCAAGUGCCUACAAGGGUUACCGCUGGAGCAAAGAAAAGGCGGAAUACCUCUCUUCACGUGGACUGAUUAAUGCUUCAUAUACAAUCAAUGCAACUGAUUUUAGGGAAGAUUUAUUGGGCACCCUUGUACCGUGCACUUUCCAGGAGAUAACUGGUCCUAGUUCAAACCAGCUAGCCCCAAAUCUGUCCGGAAUCUGUAGUGAUACAAGUUAUCAACCUGGUAUCCGUAAUGAUAUAAGAUAUCAGCCUGGGACACAACCUGUGGAUCUGAACUAUAGUGCUGCUGGAUCUAGUCAAGCCCAAGGUUACUUGGGCCAAGAACAAGCAUUUAGCAGGCUGGAUGCCAAACCAAGGCCCUCCAGCCAUUCCUCUCCAAAUAACACCAACCACAGUGGAGCUUUUGACGCACAACCUGUCUCAAAACAAUAUAUGGUAUGUGUUGUUCACUUUGAUGGCGCUUCAAAAGGAAAUCCAGGAAAAUCAGGUGCUGGAGCUGUACUUAUGACUGAAGAUGGGAGAGUGAUAUCUCGACUUCGUGAGGGUCUUGGUGUUGCUACCAAUAAUGUUGCUGAGUACCGGGGCCUUAUCUUAGGACUGAAAUAUGCCAACAGACUUGGAUUCAAGAGAAUCAAAGUAUAUGGUGACUCGCAAUUAGUCUGUUAUCAGGUCAAAGGUACAUGGCAAGCAAAGAAAGAGAACAUGAUGGAACUCUGCAAAGAAGUGAAAAAACUCCAAGAAAACUUCAUUUCUUUUGAAGUCAACCAUGUGCGGCGGGAAUGGAAUUCUGAGGCGGAUCGCCAGGCAAACAUAGCUGUCACUCUCGCAAGUGGAGCGGUUUCUGAGGAGCGUGGCGACGGUUUCUAAGUUCUGACAGUAGCCUUCUCCGCUCUAUAACCAGUCCGUGUAGUCAGUUAGCUGUAGUCUCGUGUUCCAUCGAGUGGUUUGGUGUAUCAGUUCAUUUCUUAACUCUGUCUGUAUUCAGUUGAAUGUGAUACACCGUGCUUCUAUGAAUGGUCAGUCGUUGCAAAUGGACUAUAUGCGGCUUAGCACUUUA